AUGAAAUCAUAAAAUCCAAUUCCAAAAGUAACAAAAAAUGUUUUCAUAAUCAAUUAAAAGUAUAUAAUUCUUUUUAGAGAUAUUAGAUCAAAUAUUAUUCAAGACAAUCCUAAUCGAUAAAACACACUAAGUAAAUAAGAAAACGAUUGUGAAUUAUAAAAAUAAAUCAAGAGUGCUGAAAUUCCAUAAGAACUAGAAUGUAUAUUAAGUUUAUUUUUAGAAAAAGCUCUUAAUAAUACUGAAGAACCAUAUUAGCGAAUAACUCUAUUAUAUUAAAAGAAUAGCAUCUAAUUAUAAGAAUACUAAAAUUAAAUAGUUGAAUUAAAGGAAAGAAUUUAGGCUAUCGAAUAAAAAUUUUUUAAUUUGGAAACAACAAAUAAGAAAAAAAAAAAGAGAAGAACUGCAGCUGAAAUUGAAAAAAAUUUUGAAGUUAAGUUAGAUUCCAUUUAUUUUUUUAGUGUCCGUAUAAAGAUUGUUAGAAGUAGUAUGGAUCUGAUGUUUCUNUUAGGAAGACUUACAUUAGAUGA